AUGUCAGCACCAUACACGGGAUAUAGGCUCCCUCGAUUGGCCACAUCAGAUAACGCUUUGCAACGGAUUGGAUGGAUUAUGAAUCCAUGCGCCUGUUGUUGGGCCGUGCGCUGCGGUUACUCAACUAGGACAGGCCAUAGCGAGCACUCGGUGGGGUGGCCAAGGGAUGACUCUGGUGGUACUACGCGAGAGAAACAAG